AUCCCCGGACCACGUGACGUCCCUUUAAGCUCUUUCUUGACUGUCCGCGACCAGGGAAAGAUUUCCACCUAAUGACCACUGACCAGGGCGGAGUUACCAUGCAAAGGAUCGCGACUCGCAUCUGCUCGGUUUAAAGCGAAAACGAAUAUAUAAUACGACGAAUGGCGGUUUGACUGCGCACGCGAGAGAGAAAACCAAUCACUCAAGGACUUUUACGCGGGACGCGGGAGUUGGGAUGUCGAUAUGACGCACCUUGAGUUGUUUUAACAGCUUGGGAAGUUGCAGCUUUUUCACCUUUUACGCGUGGAAGAAUGCCACAAGAUUCAAGUGCCUUGUUUACACAUUUCAUUAAGCUUUUCUGUUCUUGAACUUCUCGGAAUAUUUGCGCCAUCAGCUCAGAGAGAAGUUGCAUCCGUUGAGAGGAAACGGAUUUUAAACCAGCAGUAACGUUAACCUGAGUUUGUUCUUCUUUUAGAAAUAGCUACGCCUCACUCGCGCUCCGUCGAUGACUCUCGACAACUUAAAACACUCCGCGAUACUCACAUCUUUGUUUAAAAUGGCUGACGAUAAUGAUUUAAUAGGUGCUACGGAGUUUAUUAAAGAUCGACUCUAUUUUGCAACAUUACGGAGUAAGCCGAAAAGCACCGCAAACACGCAUUACUUCAGCACGGAUGAGGAGUUUGUGUACGAAAACUUUUAUGCCGAUUUUGGACCCCUCAACCUCGCUAUGCUGUACAGAUACUGCUGUAAACUCAACAAAAAGCUCAAGUCGUUUACACUGACCAGAAAGAGGAUUGUGCACUACACCAGCUUCGACCAGCGCAAAAGGGCUAACGCUGCUGUGCUCAUUGGUGCUUAUGCUGUGAUUUACCUAAAGAAAACACCAGAGGAAGCCUAUAGAGCCCUUAUUUCCGGCUCCAAUGCCUCAUAUCUUCCCUUCAGGGAUGCUUCAUUUGGGAAUUGCACAUACAACCUGACAGUUCUCGACUGCUUGCAAGGCAUUAGGAAGGCCCUCCAGCACGGAUUCUUGAACUUCGAGACGUUCGACGUAAACGAGUACGAACAUUACGAGCGGGUCGAGAACGGAGAUCUGAACUGGAUCGUCCCGGGCAAACUUCUCGCUUUCAGCGGGCCGCAUCCGAAAAGUAAAAUAGAGAAUGGUUACCCUCUACAUGCCCCCGAGGCUUAUUUCCCAUAUUUCCGCAAGCACAACGUCACCAACAUAGUACGCCUCAACAAGAAGAUCUACGACGCCAAGCGCUUCACAGACGCCCGUUUCGACCAUUACGACCUGUUCUUCGUGGACGGCAGCACGCCCAGCGACGUCAUCACCCGCCGCUUCCUGCACAUCUGCGAGAGCACGGAUGGAGCGGUGGCCGUGCACUGCAAGGCGGGUUUAGGCCGGACGGGGACUCUGAUUGGCUGCUACCUGAUGAAGCACUACCGCUUCACGGCUGCUGAAGCCAUCGCUUGGAUCCGCAUCUGCAGACCCGGCUCUAUUAUUGGACCCCAGCAGCAUUACCUAGAAGAGAAGCAGGCGAGUCUCUGGGCGCAUGGAGAUAUUCACCGCUCCAAGCAGCGGCAGUAUGAGGACAGAUCUGUGCCUCACCUGAUCUCCAGUAUGGACAACCUCUCCAUCAACACCUCCAUCUUUAAAUCACAUAGCUUGGACCGUAUGGAGGAGAACUAUUAUGCAGAGAACGAUCUCGGUAUGACGCAAGGAGACAAACUGCGUGCCUUAAAGGGUCGACGGCAACCGAGGUCUGCGACCACCGGAGCCAUAAGACUCGAGGACAUGAAGAUACACACUAGGUCUGCAUCUCAGCCUCUCAGUCGAGUGAAAGCAGCAACCGCUGGCCAGGGCUCAAUCUGCCCCCUCAAAUCCUCUAAAGUCCCACCAUCCUCCUCCGUCUCUGCCUCUGCCAAACGAAUUGGCCGCUCUUCAUCUUCAUCAACCAACCUCAAGAGCACCAGGUUAGCCAGCUCUCUGGGUAACCUGUACGAACCAAAUGGUGAAGCCAACAGCUCUGGGAAACCUCCUUCCCCUUCCUCGUUCACUUCCCUCCCCGUCCGCAUGGGCUACAGCGGCCCAGUCGCCACCCACAAUUACCACUACGAGGUCAACAACAACAACAGUCAGUAUAACAGCACCAGUACCCCGAACAGCAACGGGGUGAACCCAAGCAGCGGGGCAAAAAGCCUGACCUACAACCUCAACAACACCAGCCCGAGUGGACCUUCCACCAAUGGAAGGCUGGGGGCCAUUGAACAGGGGCACCACAGAAGCCCCCCGACGGGGCUGAGCGGGCUCUCGGCUCGAUACCUCAGCCGGUCCAUUCCUUCCCUUCAGUCUGAGUAUGUUCAGUACUAAAGCCGCCACCUUCCGCUAACCCCCGUCCUGUGCUGCUGGCCUGGUUCUGACCCGUGACACCUUCACUGUAACCACCGAUUUGCUGACUACUUAUCGUAAAAGAGGAACGAAGCUGAAAGGAAAUGCUUUGAGACUGAACUGUCAGCCUCAUGGUAUGAUACGUCCUGCUACGACAGGGCUGAUCUGGAAUCUGCUGCAUGCUGUUAAAUGACACGAACUUGCUUUGGCCGGCCUUUCAAAAUUUCUUUUCUUUUUUUUUCUUUUUAAAGAGAUACUCUCCAUGUAUGAAUAUGCAUAGUUAAAUAUUUUUAGGUAAUGAAUUUUGUACUAUUUUUGUCCUAUUUUAUCUACAAUUCUUAAUGCUCGACGACAAGGUUUGUUGAUAUUUAUGUAUCUUUGGAUUAGGGAAUUUGUUCUGACGUAAAUAAUCACGUUUUUGUAUCCCGAGUGUACUUACUGAGUAACAUAUCAAGUGCGAGGGCUAUAUUUGAAAGGUGCAAAAUGGUUUGACAGCAACGUGUCAUCUUCAAAGGGAUUUUAAGCCCGCGAAAGCCAUAAAAAGUGUGUUUUCUUCAUUUGGGGUUUAAAGUUGGUUUGUCUCCACGCAAACGGUGGACAGCUAAUGAGAACACGACCAAUUUGCAAGCAAACCUAUUUAUCUCGGGAAAAUGAAGAGCUUUGUUUGUUCAGUAUGAGUAUAACAGGGUGGACUGCUUUUCUUUUUUCCCAGCCAUUGUGACAUCGUAAUGUGCAUUAUUAUUAAACUAAUACAGAUCUGAGCUCGCACGCGUUUCAAGAGCAUCAAGGGCUGUUGAAAACACAACCGUCGACACUUCACUUUUUAGGAGUGUUCAUUUCACCAGCACAUCUGAUAUAUAACAUCUCAGAAUGUACGAAUGAGUUACAAGCUUUUGGCUGCUGGUUUUAACAUGCACCGUUUUUUUUACAUAAAGUAGCUCAAACUGCUUAAAAUAUACAAUAAUGAAAACGAAUAUAAACAUAAUCGCAAACUCUAUUACAGUAGAUGAGCUUUUGUGUAUUCGAUGAUAAUGCAUAACAAAACCCUUUGUUAGUGCACAUAAUGAGUGUACAAACUAAUCCGAAAAAGGUUGUUCCAGUGUUUGUCUCACAUUUGGUUAUUUUAGGAUGUUUACAAUCGAGCGCAAUUAUCGUACAAUUAUAUGACGCUUAUUACAGUGUUCUUAAAGGUGACCAGCAGGUUUUAAGCUAAAACCUUUCGAUUUUUUACUUCACAUAAAAAUUUAACGCAGUCAGUCAGCCUCAUGUCAUAACAUACUUGACCUUAUUUCUUCUGUGAAACAAAACAAGAUUUUGUGCGAUUCACUGAGCUCUGUUUAAGGACUGGGAUUGUUGAGCUUAAUAAUGAAAGCACCAUAAAAGUACGGCAAGUUGUCAAUUCUGUGAUAAGAUGUCUUUAAUUAUAAUUCUACAGAAUUAAAAAAAAAAACUCAAAUUUCAUUAAAAAAA